GUAACAAAUGAUACACAAAAAACAGACAUAAUUGGUAAAGAACACAUUCCCUAUAACAUCAAGACAUACAUAGUGUAUGAGACCUGCAUCAUGGAGCUUUUCGAAAUGUGUCCUGUGUGCCAGCGAGUGUGUGAUGUUCAAACCCGAAGGAUGGGUACAUUUCUAUCAGUGGAGCAGCUGUGCCCUCAUUGUCAGUUUUCCAGACUGUGGAAUAGCCAGCCUAUUGUACGGAGUACUCCAGCUGGGAACCUACAGCUUUCCACUUCAGUGUACGUCAAUGGAGAGUCUUUCUUCAAACUUGAAAAGGUCUUGAAAGCAAUAAACCUACAACUUUUCGAGUACGACACCUUCCUAAGGCAUGCCAAAAUGUUCAUCGAGCCAGCUAUCGUGUCAAACUUUAAGACAUCACAGGAAAUGAUGCUUCGGCGGCUCAGUGAAGAGGACAAGAUUAUACCUGGAGGUGACUUGUGGGCAGACUCUCCUGGCCACUCUGAAAGGUCAGGCAGCCACACCACGAUGGACCUCAAGAUCAACAAUGUUGUUGACAUCCCGUUGUUUAAGAGCGAUGAGGUUGGUGGAAGCUGUCAGAUGGAAAAAGAAGGUCUGGAAAGGGGUCUGGCGUUGUUGCAGGAGCAUGGUUGCCUUGAUGACUUGAUGGCCCUCAUCUUUGAUGAAAACUUUGUGGACCCGGCACCAUUCAAAGAGGAGAUUUUGAAGGUCACCAUCACAGAGGACCUGUGUGCUCAGGACGAACGGCCUGUCAAGGAGGAGGUCAUUGAAAGCUUUGUCACCCAAGUCAAGACAGAGGCUUUCUGAAUCCUGCAUAAAGGUUUUGGGGCUCAGGAAACUGCAGAUCCUGAGUACUACACGAGCAGGAAUGAUGACCUGAUCCUGCGUCUCAGGAAGCCCUAGCACCAGCUCACAAAACCCUUUAAGGCUGGAUACUGGUUACGCCUGCAAGAAUUGCUCUGUCAAAAGAUCACUAAAACAUCUACCUUUGAUGUGUUUAAAGCUACAUGUUUUCUUUUAUGGGUUAAGUGAACCUUUUUUUUUAGAUGACCGAGACAAGUUGUAAAGUGGGACAAAAAAGGUAAAACACUGUGCAGUUUUAACUUCCAUUUGGAGUUAUGACAAUAAAGGCUUUACAGUUUCUAUAAAAUGUGUCAUGAUUAUUUAUGUUUCAUAGAUUCAGCAGCUGUUGAUUAAUUGAUGAUGCGAUGUGAAAUAUAAUCAGCACUUAGAAAGACUUUUCUCACACCUGGAGUAAACUCACAAGCUACCCUGCAGCAUGCAAAGUCAUUAAAACUACCUGCACCUUUA